UGGUGCUCGCGGCGGGCGGCGGCGGCGGCGCGGGCGCGGCGGGGCGCGCCCGAGGGCCCCCGCGGGGGCGGCGCAGGCGAUGAGCCGGAGCCCGGCAUGGCCUCCGCGCGUCCGCCGGGCCGGGCCUGCGCCUCGGGGCCCGCGGGGCUCCGGGCCGGGCCGCCCGCCCUCGCCGCUCCCGCCGCCGCGUCCCCGGAGCCCGCGGGCGGCGCGGAGGCGGAGGAGCGCUCGCUGCAGCACAUGCUGCGUGCCAUCGCGGAGGAGCGCGGCCGCCUCAGCCUGCGCCGGGAGGUCUGCGGCCUCGGCUGUCUGAAGGAUGACCGCAUCGUCUUCUGGACCUGGAUGUUCUCCACCUACUUCAUGGAGAAGUGGGCCCCCCGGCAGGACGACAUGCUCUUCUACGUGCGCCGGAAGCUGGCGUACGCGGGCAGCGAGAGCAGCCUGGACGGCAGGAAGCUGCCCGAGGCCCAGCCCGAGGUGGAGGUGGAGGUGUACCGGCGGGACUCGAAGAAGCUGCCGGGCCUCGGGGACCCCGACAUCGACUGGGAGGAGAGUGUGUGCUUGAACCUCAUCCUGCAGAAGCUGGACUACAUGGUGACCUGCGCCGUGUGCACGCGCGCCGACGGCGGGGACAUCCACGUGCACAAGAAGAAGUCGCAGCAAGUGUUUGCGUCCCCCAGCAAGCACCCCAUGGACAGCAAAGGGGAGGAGUCCAAGAUGAGCUACCCCAACAUCUUCUUCAUGAUCGACAGCUUCGAGGAGGUGUUCAGUGACAUGACCGUGGGGGAAGGAGAGAUGGUGUGCGUGGAGCUGGUGGCCAGCGACAAAACCAACACGUUCCAGGGCGUCAUCUUCCAGGGCUCCAUCCG